UUGGGAGCAGCGCGCAUGAUAAUAACAGAGCAGCCGUCUUUCUCUAUGUCAGGAAUAUUUAUUUUAAGGCGUUUGCUAAGCAUGAAUUACAGGAAUGGAGAAAUGGACUGGCGGUGGGCUGUUUUCACGCUGUUUUUGAACUUUCAGUUCACUUACGGGUCCCCCUCUUCGUAUGACUUAUUCCAGGGGUCUGCAUACACUGGAGUGGUGCACAGACACAGAAAUAGGAACUGGUGUGCGUAUGUGGUGCGAAGGAACGUGAGCUGCGCCGUGCAGGGAGGUGUGGAGAGCUUCCAGGAGCCCAUAGUGGCCCCCUGCCCAGCCUACCAGCCAGACUGCCAGCAGCAAGUGACAUACCAUAACCGGUUUCGACCCACGUACAAAAUUGCCUUCAAGACUGUCACAGAGUUAGAGUGGAGAUGCUGUCCUGGUUUCCAAGGUCCCGACUGUAAAGAUUUAAAGCCACCUCCCGACAGACAAACAGUUCAGGGAAUACAGCCUUACCUCCCAGCAAAUCCUGGACACACAACCAGACACACACAGAGGCCGGAGCGGAGAGAGACCGGGCACCACGAGACGAGGCAUGGCGGCACAGAUAAGGUGCAUCUUCUGGAAGGUGAAGUUCAGCGUCUGUCUCAGACAGUCCUGGAUCUUCAGUCAACUUUGACAGAGUUGACUGGCAACCUCCGCACAGACCUGCAGGAAGACACAAAGAAGAUGCUGGUGACACUUCUCAACAACAUGCGUCCACCAGACAGUGCUACAUCUGCAGACACGGAAGAGAACCCGGCCAUGCUGGACGGUCAUCAGGCAACUAGAGGUGGCAUUGCUGGAGACAAGGCUAUGGAAAAAAUAAUGACCCGGUUGGAUGAUAUCAGCACGGCAUUGAAAAGCAAGGAUGAAGCUUUGGAAGACCUACGAGGAACCAUGACAAGUCAUGAGGGGCAGAUCCGUGUCCUGAUGGAUGCUUCUCAGUCUCAGACUCCAGGAAUUGUGGAGUUUGAUGUUAUCCAGACCUACAUUGAUGGGAAAUUUGAAAAACUGAGGAAGGAGAUAGACCAGAAUUUGGAGGAACAGAUGACCAAACUACAAAGCUCAUGCACUGACAAGAUUGACACCUUGCAGAAGACCUGUGAGGACAGCCGCGACCAAGGUUUGGUCCGCCUGACCAAGCUGGUUGAUACCAAGGAGGCUGAUCUGAGAAAGGAGAUGAGGGAACUACGCCUGGACAUGGUCGCUGCAGACGGACCUAUACGAACUCAAAGGCAGACGGAUCCAUCCAAAGCAGAAGAGGAUCAUAGUGACCACAAAGACCUGUGGCGUGAGAUUAAUCGUAUUGCAGAGGCUCACCGUAUCCUGAAUGUCCGCAUUGACAACGAGUUGGCCCACCUUUCUGCACCUCAGGAGGACAAUGAUUUCAGCCUACUGAUUGAAGAGCUUGAGGCACGUGUUAAUAUCACAGAGCAAAAUGCAGAGACCCACUGUUUCUAUAUUGAACAGAAGUUGACCCGUACGAUUGCUGACGAGGUGGCAGCACUGCGGCAGCUUCUGGACGAGCGUCUGAACAGCAUGGAGGACCAGUUCACAAACAUGCUGGUGGAAAUGAGCAACAGCUCCUUCCCUGGCAUGUUUGGUGAAUCCUUUGAUGCUAUCCAGUCAGAAGUCAACAAUAAUAAGUUCCUUCUCCAAGGUCUGGAUGACAAGGUCAAUGCUGUUGGAGAGCUGUGCUCUGCAGGAUGUUCAGGCUCAGGCACUGUAGGCACAGUGAGUUCCUCAGCCACACCUAAAAGUCUAGAAAACAUUUUGAAGGACCUGAGUCGGUACAGGAAUGAUUUGGAUGUUCUUCACACAAAUGUCAGUGCAAACACGGACAAGCUCAGGCAACUGGAGGAUCUUGUCGAAAGGCAGUCAGUGACAAACGAGCAGCGGGCAAAGACGAUGGAGGACUUCCAGAAAGGACUGAUUAAUCUCCAAGAUAAUGUGCUUGGUCUGGCUAGUUCUGUUACUGCAUUUAGCGAUUUAUUAAGCAAAUACAAUCAGGACAUGGAUAGAGUAAACUCGACAUGCUGCCAUCCAUCACAGAGUGGCACUGGGAGUCCAGAACGGGACAACUGGGCAUCAGUCGUAGCAGUACCCAUUAAUCAGGCAGAUGACACCAGACGUCAGGUGGAGGAGCUGAAGAGCAGGCUUGAUACACUCAGUCAAAAGGUGUCAUCUGAACUGAGUCAAUGCAAACAGAACACACAGGGUGUUUCUGAUGGCAUUUCUGCUGUGGGUGAACGUGUGAGCAGACUUGAAAAGGUGUGCAUAAGGUUAGAUGGAGUUUCUGCCAAUAUCAAAGGGCUGAAAGACGGACUGGAGAGACACGUCGGUGGUCUGCGGGACUGUGUCUACAGGAUGAACGUCACCUGUGGAAAUCAUGGAGCAGACAUCGCCACUCUGCGGAAUUCUCUGCAGAGGUUCCAGGGACAGCUGUCUGCAAUGGCCAGACAUGUUUUGAAAGACGUUUCUGCCAAAGAGCCGGGAAUGACCCUGAGACCGGAGAGGCCUGCUCCUGUGCCAGAUUCGACUCCGCCCAGAACCAGAAUCCAACAAAUCCACAUCCCUCUCAUCAUCCCACCGCCGCCGUCCAGCCCCAGGCAGCCAUACAGUCCGAGCCAACCGGGGCAGUCCAGCACACACACGAUCAAGAUCAGUUCGCCAAGGCAGCCGUCCAGCCCCCAGCAACCAGGACACCCCACUGUCCCCCUGGUUCCCAUAAGGCCAGUGGUAGAGACGGGCGAGGCGGGACCUCCAGGUUACACCCGCAGGGUGACCGUGCGGAGAGGGUCUGAGGACUCUUCCAGCAUGCCUGUCAAAGGAUUUGCUGGAGCACCAGGCUAUCCUCCCCUGCAGCCUGCGUCUUUCAAGCCUCACUCAACCCGCCGCCAAGUUCCUGUAGCAGAAAAGAUGCCGUGGAACCCGAUGCAUCAACGUCCGCUUCAGUCGCCUGCUUCAGUCGUCGAUGGCGCCUUUGCAGAUCCCUUCUCCUUCUCUGCCGGCCUCACACAGCAGGCCAUCUCUGGAGACUUUGGUUUCAUCCGCUUCAACAGAGUCCUAGUCAAUGACGGUGGACACUACAACCCCCACACAGGGAUCUUCACCGUCCCUCUGGAUGGCCGAUACCUGAUUUCAGGUCUGCUGACUGCACGGCUAGGUGACCGAGUGCAGGCUGUCCUGUCCGUGUCUAACCGCAGCGUCCAGAGGCUGCAGAGCUCAGCCGGGCCUCUGGCUGCUCAGCACGGGGGAUCAGCCGGUGGUCACUGUGGCUGCGGAGGCUCGGUGUCCUUCAGCCUGAUCCUGCCCCUCAGGAAAGGAGACUGCGUGGGCCUGGUGAGGACCGAAGGCCAGCUGGCCACCACCGAGGCCAGGGAGAUCCUCUCCACCUUCAGCGCCAUCUUCCUGUACGCACCACAGGCCAAAAGAUAGCUGGAGCUCAGCUGGGCAGGAACACUAAGGACUGGUUUGUUCCCAGAUCAUUGGACUGAAGGACAUGUUGAAGAAAUUAGUUUUCUUUUUACCGAUUUGCUCUGAUGUAGCUAUUCUACCACGCAAUACCACUGCGUGAAGUCCCUCAGUUAUAAAUUCAGUUAAGCUGUUAUUACCUUGCAGUUUGUAAGCCAUUUUCCAAAUAUACCUGUAUACAAGAAGCAGGAUUUGUUUCUAAUAUAUUUGACUAUCAAGUUGCCUUUUUUGUAUCUAUUGUGAAUGUCUUGUGUAUAUUAGUGUUUAUAAAUUAACAUUAAAACGCAUAAAAUGAAGUUAUUAUUUUAACAAAACCACCUCAGACUCGAUUUACAGAAUAUUGUUGAUGGGGCAACAAAGCAUGUGUGAGCUAACUCCAUUUUUCUGUGUAAAAUCCACACGGUAGGAGAGAAUGAUGAAUAAACAUACAUGAAAAGUUUAAGCAAGACAACACGUUUUGAUUAAUGUUACACACUUGGCCGACCUCAGAAACCGCACUGAGAAAGACAAGGUUAGAAACCCCAUUUGGGUCAUUACGUAGAGUGGGUGUGGGUGUAAAAUAAAUUUCCCCUCUCUUCACUCCUGAGAUUUAGAAAAUAUUCCAACAGCAAACUCUCAGAAGCAGGAGGAGUGUGUUUAGACUUAAGUUCAGCCUCUGCGGACCUUUCCAAAUAAAGAGGAAAAACGCCAUUACAGUCCGCCAAAUCACUGUUUUCAUACAUUUUUUUAAGAUCUCAGGUUCAAUACAACAAACUGACGUCCGGAGUUACUUGAGGGAUCCGAAAUAACUUCCUUCACAUAUUCUUGCUUAAAAAAAAUAAGCAUCAGAGUAGAGGUUAGUCCACUACCUUGUAGAUACUGUUGAACUAGACAAGAACAGUGGAGCACACACAAAAGUAUUCAGUUAGAAACUUUAUUGAAUACAAAUAUGUCCACAAGCUACACUUUGUUAGCUUCAUUAGGCCUGUAUAUUUUUUUUUCCUUCUUACAAUGUAUUUUUGUUCAUUAAACAUACUUUAAACCACAUUUCUAUACAAAUCAAACACAGCAUACAAUUAAGGUAUUUCUGUUGGUCAGACGCAAAUCAGAGAGCAAGCAGAAUGAAACAAACGUCAUCCCACAAAAGAUCGUACACUUUAUAAGAAACAAUAAAACAAAAGGCAUCAGAGACAGGAGAAUGUGAUGAUCAGCACAUACACUGGAUCAUUUUCCACAGCAGUAGAGUGAGAGCGAACAAUAUUACAAUAUUAUAUACCACGUAUCCCAGGAUCAUAGAGGAUGAAGUGUGAUUCUUCCACACAAGAUACUUUACUUUCAUAGAAAGAAUGGAAUUCAUUUUGUUAAUAAUAAGAUAAAUCUAUUUGACUUCACCAAACUUCACGCAAAACAAGAAAAAAAAAAGAAGAAAAAACAAGGCAGAACACGUCACAAAAACAUCUGAGCUACAGAGUGAACGCGGAAACACUUCGGGCAAAUGAUGUCGACUAAUAGCGGAUGUGCCCA